AAUGCACAUGGAAGCAGUGGCUGAGUCCCAAAAACUGCUGACGACCCAGAAGCAGGGUGUAGGGUAAUGGACAUUGGCUGCAUUCGUCGCCAGUGGCCGAAAUGUCGACGUUCUGGCUAGUAGUGGCCUCCAUUCUGAUGACCUUAAAUGCGAGCUGGCUUCCUAGCUUCGCCCAAGCCACAUCCGCAUCGAUGUUCCAGUUUCUAGAGCGACCCAAUGCCGAAGGCGAUCAGAGCUGGUCUCAUCUGCUGCCCACCAACUUCUACUCCGAGAUGAAUCAGCAGUACUACAGGCGAUUUCGAAGACACGGAAGUGGACUGGAAGGACAGAGGCGACGUCACCAAUUUGAAUAUGCUCAGUAUAUAUGAAGAUAAUAUAGUACUUUCGAUCGAAUAAAAAAUUA